AAACACAACACACGAGAAAAUAUCAAAACAAUACCGGCUGUAACAAACGAAGAGCGUUUUUGUAGAUACUUUUAACCUAAAAUAAGUGCUUGAAAGUACACUUUCACCUAAUAUAUUGUGCGUAAACCGAACACGAUGAGUGGCCUGAUCGGAAGUUUGGUUCCAUUGUUCAGACGCAGCUUUCUACAGCUGACCGCCACACGAACUUACGCAACACCAAAGGCUGGCGGUGCAUUGGGCGGAUCGAAAAAGAAAAAACUUGGAAAACUUGGUCCAACGGUGGAGAAAAAAGUAAUCCCCGUCGAAACAGACACAGCACGGCUGGUAAAUUAUGUGUGCGGCAGUAACAUAAUGAAACAGGGUGAAGAUGUAAAAAUUCAACCAGACACAGAAUAUCCCGAGUGGUUGUGGAAGUUACAUGUAGGUGCCCCACUUACGCUCGAAGAAAUGGAUCCCAACACGAAAGCAUACUGGCGAAAGCUAAGACGAAUGGGGCUACAGCGCAAUAAUAAGUUAGCGAAGCUAAAAAAGUUCUAAAGUACGGUGCUAAUUGCCAUUGACUUGUGAAGCAGCAAACAAUUAUUACCCCGAUUCGUAGAAGAUAACACGAACAAGGCAAUAAAUCGUUAUAGUUGUACAUUGAA